AUGCAUCAUAGUGGUAAAUUUGAGGGUUAUGGUGACAAAGUGUACACAUGUGGGAGAUGGAACCACUUUGAUAUGUGUCAUGCUGACCAAUUAUCUUUGGUAGAGUUGAACAACAUGCUAAAAGAUGUUGGAGUAGAUUAUUCUGAGAAUACAAAAUACUAUCAUAAAGCUAGUAAAGGGUGGGGGGAAUUGGAAAAUGAUCAACAGAUCAUGGAACUUAAGAAGUGGAAAAAUAGUAACAGAGUGGUUGAUCUAUAUGUGAAACACAGUAAGACUUGUAUGUUGAACCUUAGUCAAGCUGAGUCAACUUAUGGUAAUGGAGUAGCAUCUAAGAGUUCUUCUGAUAAGGAUGAAGUUGACAGUGAAGAAUGCUCACAGGAUGAGUCUUCUGGGUCUGAAUAUUUUUAUGAUAAUGAAUAUGAUAUGGAGAAUUCCCAGUUGUAUGAGAAUGUAGUUGAUGAUGAUUCUAACUUUGUAGGAAAUGGGACAAGGGUUGAAAGUAACAAACAGAAAGGGGAUCAGAAUGUUAAGGCAAUAGGAAUGGACAAUGACAGUGGUUUAGUAGAUGAAGAUUGUGAGUCUGAUGAGCUGCAAAGCCUUAGUGGCUCAUAUGAUGAGGAUGAAACAGGGGGGUGA